CGGCGCGGCCUGCGCGGCGCGGCGCGGCGCGGCCCACAGGCGCGGGUGGCAUGGCGGCCCCGGCGGCCGGCCCCUAGCUGCCGGCGGAGCGGAGGAGGAGCGGCCUAGGCGGCCCCAUGGAGGAGACUUAGGGCCUGCCCGGGACGGGAACGGAGCCCGCAGCGAUGCCGUCACCUGGGCAGACCCCGACAGCUGGAAGCCCCCCGAGGACGUAGGUGACCCCCAGGGCGUGGAGGCAGGGAAGAGCCUUGAACUGUGAGGGGCCGUUAACUCUAAGAUGUCCUUGAGCAGCGGAGCUUCCGGAGGGAAAGGAAUCGAUGCGAACCCGGUUGAGACGUACGACAGCGGGGAUGAGUGGGACAUUGGCGUAGGGAAUCUCAUCAUUGACCUGGACGCUGAUUUGGAGAAGGAUCAGCAGAAAUUGGAAAUGUCGGGCUCCAAAGAGGUGGGGCUCCCGGCACCCAACGCGGUGGCAACCCUACCAGACAACAUCAAGUUUGUCAGUCCAGUGCCGGGCCCGCAGGGCAAGGAGGGCAAAUCCAAGUCGAAAAGGAGCAAGAGUGGCAAGGACAGUGGCAAGCCAACCCCGGGGACCUCCUUGUUCACUCCCGGCGAGGGAGCUGGUGGCAAGAAGGAGGCUCAAGGACGCUCUGGGGACGGCGCGAACUCGGGCAACUUAGUGCCUGCCGUCACCCCGAAGGGCUCGGAGAAAUCGGCCAAGGCGUCUCGCAGCGUGGCCGGCUCCAAGAAGGAGAAAGAGGGGGGCUCAUCCAAAAGCAAGAAGGAAAGGAGUGAGGGUGCGGGGGCUGCGGCGGAGAAGGAGCCCAGCGUGCUGCAGCCCCUGGCCCUGGCAGUGAGGGUGGGACAGUACGAUGGGGGCCAGGGGACAGAGCCUGCUGCUGCGGAGCAGCUUGGGAGUAUAGCUAUUGACACGGGAGCUGCGCUCAAUCCCUUGGGAGUUAAGUCGGAGCUGGAGGAUGGGGAAAGUGAGUGCCGGCAGCUGAAAAAGGUGAAGUCGGAGAAGAUGGAGUCUCCGGUCUCUACGCCUGCUGUGUUGCCCUUGCACCUCCUUGUCCCCGUCGUCAACAACGACAUCUCGUCGCCUUGUGAGCAGAUCAUGGUACGCACCCGCUCAGUGGGAGUGAACACCUGCGACGUGGCCCUGGCCACCGAGCCCGAGUGCCUGGGCCCCUGCGAGCCUGGGACCAGCGUGAACCUGGAGGGCAUCGUCUGGCAAGAGACGGAGGACGGUAUGCUGGUGGUCAAUGUCACCUGGAGGAACAAGACGUACGUGGGGACGCUGCUUGACUGCACGCAGCACGACUGGGCACCUCCGCGGUUCUGCGACUCUCCCACCAGCGACCUGGAGAUGCGCAACGGCCGGGGCAGGGGCAAACGCAUGCGCCCCAACAGCAACACGCCCGUCAACGAGACCGCCGCCACCUCGGACAGCAAAGGGACCAGCAACAGCAGCAAGACCCGGGCGGGAGCCAACAGCAAAGGGCGUCGGGGAAGCCAGAACUCCUCGGACCACCGCACGCCGCCCGGCGGCACAGCGGAGGACGUGAAGGCCAGUCCCUCCUCCGUCACCAAGCGGAAGAGCAAACCCCUCUCUGACAUGGAGCUGAACUCCAGCUCGGAGGACUCCAAGGGCAGCAAACGCAUCCGCACGAACUCAAUGGGCUCGGCAGCCGUGCCACCUGCCGCAGUCAAGGUGGAGCCGGCUGUCCUCGACCGAAACUGCCCUUCUCCCAUCCUCAUCGACUGUCCCCACCCAAACUGUAACAAGAAGUACAAGCACAUCAACGGGCUGAAGUACCACCAGGCCCACGCGCACACGGAUGACGACAGCAAGCUGGAGGCCGACGUGGACAGCGAGUACGGCGAGGAGCCCUCCCUGCACGCGGACAUCGGGAGCUGCAACGGUGCUGCCGUCUCUCAGAAGGGCUCGCUCUCGCCGGCUCGCUCGGCCACCCCCAAGGUGCGCUUGAUGGAGCCCCACAGUCCCUCCCCGUCCAGCAAGUUCGGCACCAAGGUCCCCUGCAAGAAGAAGCUGGGUGGGGAAGGAGACACCGACCCGGGUGCCCUGUCCAAUGACGGCUCUGAGGAUGGUCCCUCGGUGGCCGAUGAGACGAGUAACGAUGGCUUUGACUCUCUGGAGAAGCGGUGUGUUGAUAAAGACAAGUCAAAGAAGGCAUCUGGUGCCAAGCCAGAGAAGAUCCCUUCCAAAAGCUUGAAGUCUGCCAGACCCAUUGCGCCAGCCAUCCCCCCCCAGCCGAUGUACACCUUCCAGACAGCCACCCUCACCACGGCCAGCCCCGGUUCCUCCACGGGCCUCGCCACCACUGUGGUCCAGACCAUGCCCAACAGCCCUCAGCUCAAACCCAUCCAGCCCAAGCCUACGGUGAUGGGAGAGCCCUUCGCGGUCAACCCUGCCCUCACCCCUUCCAAGGAGAAGAAGAAGAAGGACAAGAAGAAGAAGGAGCCCAAGGAGGUGGAAAACCCUUUGACUCCCGGCAAAGCCUGCAGAGCAGAGGAAGGCAAGAGCCCUUUCCGGGGGGAAUCCAGCGACCUGGGGAUGAAAGGUGAGGGGCUGCUGAACGGCUCGUCCGAUCCCCACCAGAGCCGGCUCGCCAGCAUCAAGGCCGAGGCAGAUAAAAUCUACAGCUUCACCGACAAUGCCCCAAGCCCCUCCAUCGGUGGUGCCAGCAGGCUGGAGAACACCAACCCAGCCCAACCCAUGACCCCGCUGCACGUCGUCACCCAGAAUGGGGCAGAGGCGAGCUCAGUGAAGACCAACAGCCCGGCCUACUCGGACAUCUCCGACGCCGGGGAGGAUGGGGAGGGCAAGCUGGAGAGCGUGAAAGCGAAGGAUCCGGAGCAGCUGGUCAAGGAAGGUGCCAAAAAAGCUCUUUUCCCCCCUCAACCGCAGAGCAAAGAGUCUCCCUACUACCAAGGCUUUGAAACCUACUAUUCCCCUGGCUACCCCCAGGCAAGCCCAGGGCCCUUGAAUCCCGGCAGCCAGGCCGCGGCCGAGACGCAGGCCUUGAAGCUGAAGAAGGACGAGGAGCAAGAGAACCCGGAGGUGAAGGUGAAGAGCGAAGGCUGCGAAGAGAAGAAGGCAGAGCUCGGCGGCUCCAGCCAGCAGCCUUCAGUCAUCCAGCAGCGUCCCAACAUGUACAUGCAGUCCCUCUACUACAACCAGUACGCCUACGUGCCCCCCUACGGCUACAACGAGCAGGGCUACCACGCUCACCUGCUGAGCACCAACCCUGCCUACCGCCAGCAGUACGAGGAGCAGCAGAAGCAGCGGCAGAGCCUGGAGCAGCAGCAGCAGCAGCAGCAGCAGCGAGGGCUGGAGAAGAAAGCGGAGCUGGGCUUGAAGGAGAGGGAGGCAGCGCUCAAAGAGGAGUGGAAGCAAAAGCCGCCCAUGCCCCCGACGCUAACCAAAGCCCCGAGCCUCACGGAUCUCGUCAAGUCCGGGCUGAGCAAGGCCAAGGAGCAGGGAGGUCCCGACAUGGCCAAAUCUGUCAUCAUCCCCAAGCUGGAGGAUUCGUCCAAGCUGUCCGGCAGCCAGGUUGCUGAGGGGCUUAAGGUGAAGCUGAGCGAGGCCAGCCACCUCGGGAAGGAGACUGCUGAGACGAAGGCUGGCUCUGAGUGUGGCCGGCAAGCAGAGGUGGACCCUGUGCUCUGGUACAGACAGGAAGCCGAGCCCCGGAUGUGGACCUACGUGUACCCGGCGAAGUACUCGGACAUCAAGACAGAGGACGAGCGGUGGAAAGAGGAGAGGGACCGAAAGUUGAAGGAAGAAAGAAAUCGAAGCAAAGAAGCCGCAUCCAAGGAGGACGGGAAGGAGAGCAGCAGCUCCGAGUGCAAACUGACCCCCACCGAGGAGGCUCGCAUGGUGGGGAAGGACCCCAGACCCAGCGUCCACGUCCCUGUGUCUUCACCCCUCACGCAGCAUCAGUCCUACAUCCCCUACAUGCACGGCUACUCCUACAGCCAGUCGUAUGACCCCAACCACCCCAGCUACCGGGCCAUGCCCACUGUCAUGAUGCAGAAUUACCCAGGAUCGUACCUACCCUCCAGCUAUUCCUUCUCCCCGUACGGGAGCAAGGCGUCUGGGAGCGACGACAGCGACAAGUCCCGAGCCAGCCCCAGCGUGAGUUGUAAAUCCAGCUCGGAGUCCAAGGCCCUGGACAUCCUGCAGCAGCACGCCAGCCACUACAAGAGCAAAUCGCCCACGAUAAGCGAGAAGACGUCUCAGGAGCGGGACCGCAGCGGCUGCGGAGUGGUGGGAGGCGGCGGGAGCUGUAGCAGCGUCGGGGGAGCUGGCGGGGGAGAGAGGAGCACCGACCGGCCCCGCACCUCGCCAUCUCAGCGCCUGCUCUCGACGCACCACCACCACCACCACCUCGGGUACUCGCUGCUGCCGGCGCAGUACAACCUGCCCUAUGCAACAGGUCUCUCCUCCACAGCCAUCGUCGCCAGCCAGCAAGGCUCCGCUCCCUCCCUAUACCCACCUCCCCGGAGGUGAGAACGGACGUGAUGCGCCAGGACGCCUGGGCUGGACGAGACAUGUGACUGGCUCACAUGGGGAAGCGCUGGAGACUCCUUUAGACAUCAGUUGAAUGGUGUUAAUUGUUCUGCUUGACGUUCCUGCCGCGAUCCGAGGCAGACUGUCUUCUCCCCCCUCAUCGGACACACACUGACUACCCCCCCCCCCCCCCCACCCCUCCCCUUUGGUGAGUGGGCGAGCUGGUACCUGCGGAAAUAUUUAUUCUACUGGGCACUGGCGCUCGGGAUGGAGGUGACUCGCCUGCCUGGUGCAUAUGAAGAGGAAACGGAAGCACUGAGGUUUCUCGAGGGAUUUGGGACCCCGCCGUGUCUCUGCGAGCUGCUGCUUCACGAUGGGGCUGAGCGCCACGGGACUGGGGGCAGGCAGGGACGCUGCCUGCUCCUCGCCGGGGCUUGACGCGCGGGGCCGAGCCUGCGGUGGAGUUGCAGUCUCAGGAAAGGAAAGGCUGGCUCACACGGAGCCAAGGUGGGUGUCGGGGUCUGGGGGGGGUGGAUGUCAGCCUGGCUGGAGGUGGCCGCGGGGCCUGGGGAUGUGCUGCAUGUGGGGGCUCACCCUCUCCCAGUCCCACGGCUGAUCCCGCACCUCACAGCGCCCGCCGCUCUGUGCCGAUGGAAGUGGCCGAUGGCCGGAGCGGUGGGCUGGGGGAGCUGGGGGCUGCUCUUGGCCCUGGCGAAGCAGCCUCUGCCCCCCGCCCCCCCCAGGGUAGCCAGGGCUCGGUGGGGCUGGGGGCAGCCGGGUGCAGAGCUGGGGGCUGCGCCUGUCGCCCAGCCAGCUGCCAGGGUUCCUCCCCAGUGCCUUGCAGGGGCCAGACCUGCCUGAAACUCCUGCCCGUGGCUUUUCAGUUGGUUUCUGAGCUGUGACUCUGCAAACCCCCGGCCUUUCCUCUGCGCCCCCCCCCCCCUCCUCCCCGGCAAGUGCUCCCCAAACCCCAGGGCAGCGGAUCCUGCUCACGUCCACCUUCUGCUUUUAAGGCGGCUUCCCCAGGCGGCGGGCAGAGCCCAGCGAGGAACAAGCACACUUAGGCUCUGCCAGAGGCACUUGGGGCUGUGCCGGGUCCCCCCGCCCCGCGCCGGCUUCGGCCUCAUGCCAGGGCUCAGGGCACCAGGCCCUGGAAGAAGCCAGCCCCUGCUCCCAGCUGCUCCCCAGUGCCCGAGGACAGGGGCUUUCUGGUCCUCUGCUCCCCCAGCCCCAGAGCGGCUCUCCCCGGGCCGAUUGCUCUACCUCGGCCCCGCAGCAGCCGGGCCGCCCCAAGCUCUCUCCUCGCCUCUCCCCGCUGCCUGGCCGGGGGAGCACGGGGUGGGGGGGGGCCCAUCGGUCUCGGUUGUCUGUGUGUGUCCGUGUCGCACCCGGCCCCGAGGGGCCGCUGUACCGGGAUGCUCUGCCCGCUGGGCUCUGUACAUACUGUAAAAAGCAAUUGUUUGAAA